AUGACGCAAAGCUCCGACAAGAAAGGCGGCUCAACGCCAGAUGAGAAGAACAAGGACGAGAAAAAUGACGUGACGAGUCAAUUGCGCCCUCAACGCGAGGCAACGUUCAACGAUUACCUGAGAGUCUUCAAUUUUUGGUAUUCUUCCUCGACAAUCCUGACCGGCACCGACAUUGACCUCUACUUCACACUAGGCCGCUUCACCAGCCAGUUUACCGACUUUGCGGGCUCUGGCACUCUCUCCCCUGAAGCUUUCAAGUCGACGCUGCAAAAACUAUCGCUCUACAUGCUUGGCCUCUUCCUUGGACGGCUGUUUCUCAACUAUAUCAACAAAUUUGCCUUUCGCAUGAUUGGAAUCCGAAUCUCCUCCGCCAUCCGUCUUCAUUUUCUGCAGGCCCUCUUCGCUCAGAGCAUCCACGUCUUUGACUCGAUGCCCCCCGGCUUCGCCACCAACACAAUCACCACCACGAGCAACACGCUCCAGCUCGGCAUCUCCGAGAAGCUCGGCACCUUUAUCGAGUUCAACGCCACCAUCGUGGCCGCCAUCGUGGUGGCUUUCAUCUACAGCUGGCGCCUGACGCUCGUCACCAUGUCGGCCCUCGUCUUCAUCACGCUCACCAUUGGCGUUUUGCUACCACUCAUUGUCAAGGGCCAAGGCCGCACAAGCAAGCUGGAAGCUCAAUCCAAUGCCAUUGCGAGUGAAACGUUGGGCAGUAUUCGUAUCAUCAUGGCCUGCGGAGCCGAGAUGCGCAUCGCCAACAAGUACGCCGCUAUCAUUGAAGAAUGCCGAAAGAAUGCGCAGCGUACUAGUCCGUUAAUUGCGCUGCAGUUCGGUCUCGUUUUCUUUGGUGUGUUUGCAGCUUUUAGCUUGGCCUUCUGGUAUGGCUCGAAAUCCUUCCUGGAAGGCACCCUGACAGACGUCGGCACUAUCAUCAUCGUUCUAUUUUCCGUCAUGAUGAUUCUCUUCUCCCUGGAGCGCACGUCCACCCCUCUUCUCGCCGUCAGCAAAGCAACCGUCGCCGCCUGCCAAUUCUUCACCGUCAUUGACGCUCCACGCCCUGUACCUGGCCACCUCGUCGCCCCCGACGUUAGCGCAGACCAGGACAUUAUUCUGGAAGACGUCACCUUUGCGUAUCCGAGCCGCCCCCACGUCAAGGUUCUGGACAACCUAAGCCUUUGCUUCGAGUCGGGCAAGACGACGGCCAUUGUUGGCCCUUCUGGCUCGGGAAAGAGCACCAUUGUUGGCCUAAUUGAGCGCUGGUAUUCGUUGAAAGAGCAGUACGUCGUCGCAAAGGCGAUUGAAAAAAAGAAGAAGAAAAAGAACGACAGUGACGAUGAGGAGCCCACGGAAGAGGAGGCCGCUGCCGCCCAAGCCGAGUUGGAUGCGCAGUCUGGACCUCCCGUUGCCCUGUCAGGCAGAGUCACCACAUGUGGCCACUCCAUCGACGACAUCAACGUCAAAUGGUGGCGUUCACAGAUUGGUCUCGUUCAACAGGAGCCGUUUCUGUUCAACGAGUCCAUAUACGUCAACGUGAGCAAUGGCCUAGUCGGUACACAAUGGGAAGACGAGCCAGAGGACAAGAAACGCGAGAUGGUCAAAGCCGCCUGCAAGGAGGCCUUUGCCGACGAAUUCAUCGAUAAACUACCCAAGGGCUACGACACCACCGUCGGCGACGGCGGCGCCAAGCUCUCCGGCGGCCAGCGGCAGCGCAUCGCCAUUGCGCGCUCCAUUGUGCGCCAGCCCAAGAUUCUCAUCUUUGACGAGGCCACGAGCGCAAUUGACGUGCGCGGCGAAAAGAUUGUGCAGGCAGCCCUCGACCGCGCCGACACCAUUGUCGUCCUGAAGCAGGGCCGCGUCGUCGAGACGGGCACGCACGAGAGCCUCCUGGCGCGAGAUGGAGGCGUGUACGCGGCUUUGGUCCGCGCACAAUCCAUCUCUCUUGGCGACGCCACCGACGCGGACGACGGAGUUCUGCCAGAGGAGGCGGAUGCCGCGGAGCUAGCACCAGAGAAGAGCAAGACCAGAGAAUCAGCCCAAGGGGUUCCCGUCGGCACGGCCGCCACCGACAAGAACCGCGGCUUCUUUGACAGCUUCGGUCGCCUCUUCUACGAGACGCGCAGCCACUGGCCCAUGAUGAUACUCAUGCUGCUGGCCGCCGCCUGCGCCGGCGCCGCCAUCCCGAUCCAAGCGUGGCUCUUUGCCAAGGUCAUUGUCAUCUUUGGCUACGCCGCUACCGAACCCGCGCGCUUCCGCCGCGACAGCAACCUGUACGCGCUCAUGUGGCUGGUCCUUGCCCUCGGCGUCGGCAUCGCCUACACGUGCACCUUUUUCCUCGCCACGCGCACCGCCAACGUCAUCCGCGCCAAGUACCAGCGCGAAUACUUUGUGUCGAUGCUCCAUCAGAAGCCAGAGUUCUUUGACGACGACGACCACGCGCAGGGCACCAUGACGGCGCGCGCCGCGGGUGAUCCGCAGAAGCUGGAAGAGCUCAUGGGCGCCAACAUGGCGAGCGUGUACAUUGGCCUCUUUACGCUUCUCGGCUCCCUGACCAUUGCCUUUUGCUUUGCCUGGAAGCUGGCGAUUGUCUCUCUCUGCGUCGUCGUGCCCAUCUUACUCGGCUCCACAUACUGGCGCUUCCGGUACGAGAUCCAGUUUGAAAACAUGAACAAUGCCGUCUUCACCGAGAGCUCCCAGUUCGCCGCCGAGUCUAUCGGCGCGUUUCGCACCGUUGCCUCGCUGACGCUCGAAGACGCCAUCUGCGCGCGCUUUGGCGCCCUGUGCCGCGGGCACGUCGUCGCCGCCUACAAGAAAGCGCGCUGGGUCAGCCUGCUGUUCGCCUUUUCCGACAGCGCCACCAUGGCCUGCCAGGCGCUCAUCUUCUACUACGGCGGCCGCCUGCUGCUGAGCGGCGAGUACAACCUCACUAGCUUCUUCGUGUGCUUCCUGGCGAUUAUGAAUGCGGGCGAGUCUACUGGCCAGGCGCUUAGCUUUGGGCCCAAUGCGGCGCAGGUCAAGGAUGCGGCGAACCGUAUCUUGAGACUGCGCGACUCGCAGAACAAGGACGGUGGUAAAAGGGGCGCAGGAGAGGAGAUUUUGGAGAGGAGCCAAGGGGGCGGUGUCAAGAUUGAGCUGGAGAAUGUGCACUUUCGGUAUCCGACGCGCGACACGCCCGUGUUUAGCGGGCUGAGUCUGACUAUCGAAAAGGGCCAGUUCGCUGCCUUGGUAGGAGCUUCUGGAUGUGGAAAGACGAGCAUCAUUUCUCUUCUUGAAAGAUUUUACGAACCGAACAAGGGCCGCAUUCUCUGCAACGGCGAGGACAUUGCCAAGAGCAACGUCUAUCAAUACCGCGAGAACCUGUCUCUUACCACCGUCACCGACGAGCACCUGCACCGCGUCUGCCGCGAGGCCGAGGUGCACGACUUCAUCGUCUCGUUGCCCGAGGGCUACAGCACCAACAUUGGCUCGCGCGGAGUGACGCUGUCCGGCGGGCAGAAGCAGCGCGUCGCCAUUGCGCGCGCGCUCCUCCGCCGCCCGGACGUGCUGCUCCUCGACGAGGCGACGAGCUCGCUCGACUCGGCGAGCGAGAAGCUGGUGCAGGCCGCGUUUGAGCGCGCCGGCCGCGGCCGCACCAUGGUCGUCGUGGCCCACCGCCUCGCCACGGUGCAGAAUGCCGAUGUCAUCUUCGUGCUGGGCGAGGGGAGGCUGCUGGAGCAGGGCAGCCACUGGGAGCUGCUGAAGAAGCGUGGCGUGUAUUGGCAGAUGUGCCAAAGCCAGGCUCUGGAUCGAUAG